AUGAUGCUGUUAAAUUGACAGUGUGUGUAUAGAAAAAGUGAGUUUUUGAUGACCAUAGAUUUAAUGUUUAGAGAUAACAGAAUAAAAUGUAACCUUCCUACAAAUGAAAUAUAGGUCCUCAGUGUUGUUACGCAUAUGCAUCCUACUCUGACCAUAUAUGCGAUGUUUUAGGACUCAGUGGCCAUUGAGGAUGUGGCUGUGAACUUCACCCCAGAGGAGUGGGCUUUACUGGAUCCUUCACAGAAGAAACUCUACAGAGAUGUGAUGGAGGAAACCUUCAGGAACCUGGCCUCAGUGGGAACAACAUGGGACGAUCGUGAUAUUAAAGAUCAGUACCAACACGAAGAGAGGAAGCCAAGGAAUCCUGUGGUGGUGAGAUUCUGUGAAAGUGAAGAUGGUAACCAAUGUGGAGAAAACUUCCGAUGUGUUCCAAACCUCAAUCUGAACAAGAAAACUACAGGAGCUAAACCAUGGGAAUGCAGCGCAUGUGGAAGAGUCUUCAUGCAUCAUUCAUCCCUUUAUAGGCACGUUAAAUAUCACCCUGAUCACAGACCACGUGACUAUCAAAACCAUAGAGAGAAGCCAUAUAAAUGUAAGGAAUGUGGGAAAGUCUUCAGAUUUCCAAGUUUUCUUCAAAUACACGAAAGAACUCACACUGGAGAUAAACCCUAUGAAUGUAAAAAAUGCAGUAAAGCAUUCACUUAUUCCUCUUCUCUUCAAAUACAUGAAAGGGGUCACACUGGAGAGAAACCCUAUGAAUGUAAAGAAUGCAGUAAAACCUUCAGUUGUAAUAGUUCUCUUCAAAAACAUGAGAGAAUCCAUACUGGAAAGAAACCGUUUGAAUGUAAAAUAUGUGGUAAAGCCUUCAGGUUUCCCAGUAACGUUCAAGCACAUGAAAGAACUCAUACUGGAGAGAAACCUUAUGAAUGUAAAAUAUGUGGUAAAGCCUUCAGUUUACCCCAAAGUUUUAAAAUACAUCAAAGAAUUCAUACUGGAGAGAAACCCUAUGAAUGUAAAGAAUGCAAUAAAACCUUCCGUUGUAAUAGUUCUCUUCAAAAACAUGAGAGAAUUCAUACUAGAGAGAAACCUUAUGAAUGUAAAAAAUGCAGUAAAGCAUUCAUUUCUCUCAGUUUACUUCAAGAACAUAAAAGAAUUCAUACUGGGGAGAAACCAUAUGAAUGUAAAACGUGCAGUAAAGCCUUCACUUCUUCCAGCUCUCUUCAGAUACAUGAAAGAAUUCACACUGGAGAGAAAUCCUAUGAAUGUAAAGAAUGCAGUAAAGCCUUCGGUUCUAAUAGUUCUCUUCAAAAACAUGAAAGAACUCACACUGGAGAGAAACCUCAUGAAUGUAAAAAAUGCAGUAAAGCCUUCACUUCUUCCAGUUCUCUUCGAGUCCACGAAAGAACUCAUACUGGAGAGAAGCCUUAUGAAUGUAAAAAAUGCAGUAAAGCAUUCACUUGUUCCAGUUCUCUUCGAGUACAUGAAAGAAUUCACACUGGAGAGAAACCCUAUGAAUGUAAAGGCUGUGGGAAAGCAUUCAGUUCUUCUGGUUCUCUUCAGAAACAUGGGAGAACUCAUACUGGAGAGAAACCCUAUGAGUGUAAAUUAUGUGGUAAAGCCUUCCGUUUUCCCAGUAACAUUCAAGCGCAUGAAAGAACUCAUACUGGAGAGAAACCCUAUGAAUGUAAAGAAUGUGGGAAAGCAUUCACUUCUUCCAGUUCACUUCAGAAACAUGAAAGAAUUCAUAAUAGAUAGAAACCAUUUCAGUGUAAAAACGUAGUCAAGUGUUUAGUUUUCUCAGUUCACUUCCACUACAUGAAAGUCGUCACACUGGAGAGAAAUCCUGUGAAUGUCAGUAAAAUGAGAAAGCCUUUAAUUCUCUUGAAAGUUUUCAAGGAUAUGCGACAAUGCACACUAGAGGAAAAUCCGUGUAAAUGGAAGCAAUACGGGAAAGACCUUUGUCAUCCCAGUUCUUCCUGAAGACGUGAAAGGACUCACUUGAUAAAAACCUCUUGAAUGUAAACACCAUGGGAAAGACUUCAAUUGGCCUACAUCCUUCCAUGUGAAACUCCCACCAAAAAGAAAUGUAAGUCAUAUGAGAAAGCUUCAUGGAAAUGAAUUUUAUCUAGUGUUCUGGAAAACUUUCAGCAUGAAAAGUUGUAAUGAUAUUGUUUACCAAGCCUCUUUCUUAAGUGCAACAUUGGAUUGUGGAUUUCUAUUAAUAACUUUCACAAAUAAUUAUUGAGGUGAAAUAAUACUCUAAGUCACCCUUCAAUACUGCAUAAACACUAAUAGGUGGUGCUUUUUUCAUAAAUCAGUGAAUAUUUUCUGUAAUUGUUUUAGUUCUUCUAUGUUAAGAGGCCAUUGAAAAGUGACAGUUUCUAGUCCUUGGGGUUUCUUUACUGACUGUAUGUUGCAGUUCCAGGAUAUUCCUAAUGUGUUGUACAUAUUCCACAUUUCUUAGAGAAAGCUCCUUUUCUGAGGUGGUGGGUAUAGGAGCCUGCGUGCAUUUUCUAUUCUCCUGAACUGUUGGGAUAAAUUUUUAUGUGUGGCAAGAUAAUCAAAGUAGAUACUUUCCCGUGAAUUCUUAUUUUCCUAUUUGGGCCUUUGCUCUUUGUCUUCACUGGUAUUUGGUGAAUAGACUUUGAAUUAAGUAGAGUCUUGUGAUAGAGCAGCAAAAUCUAGAGCUGGACCUAUCACCCCAAACUGCAUUAUGUCAGUGAGGGUAAAUUUAUGUACUGUGUCUUUAAGAAUCCAUUGCCUUUAAGGUUCCAUGUUGGGAUUAACCUAGAGCCUGCGAUUUGAAAGUUCAGAAGCAAACAAGGCAUUAGGCAGAUUUUGGAGCCACCAUGCAAGGAGAGAGCGAGUUACGUAGGAGCUUCAAGGACACUGUCUCCCAGCGAUUAUCUGUAUUCUUUGCCCUUCUACUCAAGAAUCUUGAAAACCAUCCACAAUUGUUUCAUUUCCAUUUCCUUAUAGGUAUAUUUUCUGCUGAUGUUUGCAGAAAUUUCACAUCAAAGACACAUAAGAGUUAGGAUUUUUCUGUGAGGCCUGUUGUCCCCAUCAGGAAACUAAUUCAGACUUUUCUGGUGAGGACUCUAAUUCCCCUCUUCUAUAAAUGGUAUCUGAAUAACGUCCAAUGUGUGUAGGAAACACUUAGCUGUUAAUUGUGGCAGUGAGCACGUUUUCCUGAUUCACCACCACAACUACAAUGGGGCAUAAAAAGAAGGUCCUGGGACGUUGUUUGCUGCUCUGUGCAGCGGCUGCCUUGACCCACUUCUUCCAUGAGAACAAUCCCCUUCUCAUGUCAGGGAGACUGUGUGUUUCCUGUUACUUGUAGCUGAAUGUAUUCCCUUUAUUUGUUUUGAAUAAUGUUUGUAUGUCAUUAAAACUGUGCAUUUCCUUGAGAAAUCAACACUUCUGUAGUUGUGUCAUUGAUAUAUUUUAUAACCUACUUUUCAUUUUCUCAGAAUAUAUUAAAAUUCAUUUUAAUCAUGGA